AUCUUAAAAAAAAAUAACCUAAAUGUAUUAUGAAUAUAACCUAAAAAAAACUUUAAAAACAAACCCAUCUAUUGAUUUCCUUUUCCUAUAUAAAUAGGACAAAAAGAAACGUAAUGAUUUUGAGUAAUACAGGGUGUAGAUAUACAAAAUAUGGAUUUUCACUUCUGAGAUACACAUCAACUUCUCCACAAGUCAUUCCAGAGAAUGUAAUUGAUGUGCAACAAAAUCAGAAAAAUCCUCUUGAUUACCCAGAUUAUUUUGGUGUACAUAAUUUAUUUACAGUAAAAGACCUAUUUGAUGCAAGAGUGCAUUAUGGUCAUAAAAUAGGGUCCCUCAAUGAUAACAUGAGAUCAUACAUAUAUGGUUCAAGACUUGGACACCUCAUUUUUGAUUUGGAUACAACAGCUGAACAUUUACGUAAAGCUCUUAAUUUCACAGCCCACAUUGCAUACAGAGGUGGAAUCAUUUGUUUUUUUAAUAGGAAUUCGCUAAAUGCACAUAUCGUGGAAAAAACAGCAAUGGAAUGUGGAGAAUAUGCUCAUACAAGAUUCUGGAGAGGUGGUAUCUUCACAAAUGCCAAUCAGCAGUUUGGUGCUAUAACAAGAUUACCUGACUUAUGUAUAUUUCUUAACACCCAGAAUAAUAUUUUGAAUCAGCACACGGCUGUCAGAGAUAGUGCAAAAAUGUUAAUACCGACAAUUGGAAUUGUCGACUCAAAUUGUAAUCCUAAUUUGAUAUCAUACCCUGUACCUGGCAAUGAUGAUUCCCCAACAGCCAUAGAGCUCUACUGUAAGUUAUUUAAAAGUGCUAUUAUUAGAGGAAAGGAAGAAAGACGUAAGUUUCUACAGGAGACAGAGUAACAUCAUUGUUGUAAAAGAAAAUUAGUUGGUUUAACAAUAAAUUCUGUUUAUUAUAUUUCUUUAAAUAUCACAACUUGGUAAACAUUUUCAUUAUAUUACUCAUAAUGUUUUAAAAAUAUUAUUUCUGUAAAUUUUUGUUUUAUCUAAUUAUGCAGUGUAUGAUAAUUAUUAUAUUUAACAGUUUAACAAUAUUUUGUCCCAAUACAACACAAUCAUAAGUAAUAUAAAUUGUACAACAAAAAAUCUAAAUAAAAAUAAUUAAAAACGUCAAGUUGACAAUAGAUGAUAGCAAGAAAAACAA